GAUGCCUAUAAAUGUGACGGGUGUCGUGUACCACAGAUAAACUAGUUUAAGGUCAAUGUGCUAAACUGCAUUUGUAAUUCUAAUUUCCAAAUUCACAUCCAUUCAGGAAAAUAGAAAAAGGAAUUUGUAAUUCUAAUAUUACAGAAUUAUUUAAAGAAUGGAACCGAAUUCAAAGGACAACGCAUCUAUAUUAUGCCUUUUUGAUGUAGAUGGAACCCUCACAAAACCUAGAAACGUAAUAUCGGAAGACAUGGAGUACUUUUUGCUGAAUAAAAUAAGGCCUUUGUGCAAAAUUGGUUUAGUGGGAGGUUCAGACUUCAAGAAAAUAUCUGAGCAAAUGAAUGGAGAUGAUGUAAUACAUAAGUAUGAUUAUGUUUUUCCAGAAAAUGGUUUAGUUUCAUAUAAAAAUGGGCAAGAAAUAUGCAGGCAAAGUAUUCAGAAGUUUAUGGGGGAAGAAAUACUUCAGAAAUUCAUUAAUUUUGCCUUGAAAUAUCUUUCUACAAUAACACUUCCUGUGAAAAGAGGAACAUUUGUGGAAUUCAGAAAUGGUAUGCUCAAUAUAUCCCCAAUAGGAAGAUCAUGUUCACAAUCAGAAAGAGAUGAUUUCGAGCAAUAUGAUAAAGUGCAUGACAUUAGGAUGAAUAUGAUUGAAGCCUUGAAAUUAGAAUUUCCAGAUAUUGGUCUCAAGUAUAGCAUUGGAGGACAAAUCAGUUUUGAUGUUUUUCCUAUAGGUUGGGAUAAAACUUAUUGUUUGAAGCAUUUAGAAAAUGAAGGAUUUGGUGAAAUUCAUUUCUUUGGAGAUAAAACACAUCCAGGAGGAAACGAUUUUGAAAUAUUCUCUGAUAGUAGAACAAUUGGACAUAGAGUAAGCAAUCCUGAAAAUACUAAAGAAAUUCUCAUCAAGUUAUUCAACUUAUGAAUGAUUAUUGCGAAAAAGAGUGUCUAUCAUGUUAAUAUUUCAUACAUAUUUUGUUAUUUUUAUGUAUUAAUUUUUUUAAUGUUUAUAUUUUUAUAUAGUUUAACUUAUAUCAAAUUGAAAAAAUUUAUUUCGAUCAGUUAAAGUGCCGAUUAAUGAACACUCACCAUUGAAUGAACGCUAUUUUGAAAAAAGAGUUGUAUUAAGAAGGGUUUAUAGCACAUCUGCCAAAAUUUAACUACUUCUCCCUCCCCAAGUUUUUGAUAUUCCAACACUUUUCAGGAUGAUUGAAGCAAAUUGAAACAUUCCUCUGAUUUAUCAUUUUUUAUGUUUUCAU